AUGUUCAGCAAAAUCAUUGCUUUCGGUGCGUUCCUAGCCGCCGCUAAGGCUGGUCUUCAUGGACACGCCGUGUCGUCCCAAAGCAUCGUGCAUCACGGAGCGGGACACUACGCUCCCCUCGCGGCGGCCCCAUUGGCUUACAGCCAUUACGCCGCCCCUGCUCACCAAUAUGAAGGACACGACACCUACGCGCACCCGAAAUACGACUUCGCGUACUCCGUGGCUGACCCGCACACGGGCGACCACAAGUCGCAGCACGAGAGCCGCGACGGCGACGCGGUGCACGGCUCCUACUCGCUGGUGCAGCCCGACGGCUCCGUGCGCAACGUGCACUACACCGCUGAUGACCACCACGGUUUCAACGCCGUAGUCCACAACUCCGCCCCUUCCGUGCAUCCUCAAGCCGCCUACGGUCAUCACUACUGA